AUUGAAUACAGAACAGUCCAACCAAUAGAAAAUAAUUUUAAGCUUGUCCAUAAAAGGAAAUAAUAAUUGGAAUAGGCGUCGCUGAUCAUCUUCAUCAGCAAUCAGUAGUAACCACACGCGAAUCGUUUUGUGGAUAUAAUUUUGUCGGCAUUUGAAAUUUAGAAACUGCCAUUUACCUGUAAUUUAAAAAAAAAAAUAACAAAAAUAUCAUAAAAUGUCGACAGUAGCUAGUCCUCUAGUUGUUGGUGGUAUUCGACAAUCCGGAGCUCCUGUAAGAACACAAAAUGGAUGUUACUGUUACUAAUGAUGGAGCAACUAUUUUACGCUUGUUAGAAGUUGAACAUCCAGCUGCAAGAGUUUUGGUAGAAUUAGCCCAACUACAAGAUGAAGAAGUUGGAGAUGGAACUACAUCAGUAAGAAGCUUGUAAAUAUAUUCAAGAGCAUUUAACUGUCAGUGUAGACGAGCUUGGGAGAGAUUGUUUAGUUAAUGUGGCAAAAACUUCUAUGUCCAGCAAGAUCAUUGGAGCUGAUGCCGAUUUCUUUGGAAACAUGGUUGUUGAUGCUAUAAAUGCAGUAAAAGUUAGUGAUGGAAAAGGAGGAUUUCUAUAUCCUGUAAAAGCAGUCAAUGUUUUAAAAGCUCAUGGAAAAAGUGUUAGAGAGUCUGUGAUAGUGCAGGGUUAUGCACUAAAUUGCACUGUAGCUUCUCAGGCAAUGAAUAAAAGAAUAAUUAAUGCAAAAAUUGCAUGUUUAGAUUUCUCUUUGCAGAAGACAAAAAUGAAAUUAGGUGUUGAAGUAUUGAUCACAGAUCCUGAAAAAUUAGAAGCAGUGCGACAACGCGAAGCAGAUAUUACAAAAGAACGUAUUCAAAAGAUUCUUGCAGCGGAAGCUAAAGCAAUGGCAGUUCGUAGAUGUAAAAAAGCAGAUUUAAAAAGGAUUGCAAAAGCUACAGGCGCCCAAUUUCUAACUUCCUUAACUAAUAUGGAAGGAGAAGAAAGUUUUGAUUCUAGUUUUCUUGGAGAAGCUGCUGAAGUAAUACAAGAAAUGAUUUGCGACGAUGAACUCAUUCUUAUCAAAGGACCGAAAGCAAGAACAGCAAGUUCUAUGAUAUUACGAGGACCAAAUGAUUAUUAUUGUGAUGAAAUGGAACGAUCUGUGCAUGAUGCAUUAUGCGCUGUGAAACGAGUUUUAGAAAGUAAAAGCGUGGUUGCUGGAGGUGGCUGUGUUGAAGCAGCACUUUCAAUUUAUUUGGAAAAUUUUGCUACAUCACUCAGUUCUCGAGAGCAAUUAGCUAUUGCUGAAUUUGCCAGAUCAUUAUUGGUUAUACCGAAGACGUUAGCAGUUAAUGCGGCUCAAGAUGCUACAGAUCUUGUAGCAAAAUUACGUGCUUAUCACAAUUCCAGUCAAACAAAAGCAGAUCUUGCAGAUCUAAAAUGGGUUGGUUUGGAUUUACUUGAGGGUACUAUUAAAGAUAAUAAAAAAGCCGGAGUAUUAGAACCAGCAAUUUCAAAAAUAAAAUCUUUGAAAUUUGCUACGGAAGCAGCAAUAACUAUUCUUAGAAUUGAUGAUAUGAUCAAAUUAGAUCCAGAACGUUCAAGAGAUAAAUCAUAUCGUGAUGCAAUGGAAUCUGGCGAAUUGGAAGAAUAAAAUUAAAAUGCAUUUAUUCAUCUUUUUUCACAUGAUUUAUGUCAGAAAGAUUAAUUUAUUCUUUAUUAUGAAUACUAUUUCAUAAUUUAGCGAUAAGAAAAUUGCAACUUAACAUUAAUAUUAAUACAUUCUCAUGAAUGAAUUUUCUGAAUUAAAUAAAAUUUUCACAUACAAAAAUAUUGUGUAUAUAUUUUACACACAAUCUUCUACACUUCAAACAAUAAUACGAGAAUAUAUUAGAACAUUGAAAACAGUAAAUUUUAUAGCUUUCGUGAAAUUAAUAUUAUUAUAUCCUUCAAUAAUAUAAUUGAAAAGUGAUGGGAUUUAAAGCUAAUGAAUAUAAUACGUUAUUUAUCAUUCAAAGUGUAAUUUUUAAAAACUAGAUACAGUAAUAUCGGAAUGAAAAUUUGUUAACUUAAAAUAACAAUUUUAAAUAUAUUUUAG